AUGGAACAAAUUCAAAAUUUGCAUGGAAUUGUGGAAGAAGAACGAAAUAGAAGAAUGGCUAUGCAAGUGGAAUUUAUAGCAAACGUUACAGCAUAUCUUAAUAAUUUUGAAACAAACCAGGCCGCUAGAUUAAAAGCUUCCGUAGAAACUGUUCAAGAUUCAAUCUCAAAAAGCGAAAGCAACCCCAGAUUAGUGUCCAAUGUAAGUUCGAUCAAAGAAAAUGUUUCAUCGCAACUGGAUGCAUAUAAAAAUGCAAUCAGUUCAACUAUGGUGUCCUUGGAUGCGUUAUCAGCAAAUGCAAACGAAGAGACAACCAAAUUACAUCGACAACACAUCCAGUCGUUCGAAGAACUUACCACGAAUGUCACACAUAGCUAUUCUAAUAUCCAAAAUAAAAUGUUUAAUUCUCGACAAGAAUUGGAAAAUAAUGCGAAUAAUGUCUUGGAAUUGAAUUUGUUUAAUGAUGUCAGUAACCGGCUUAAGAGAUCUCGUGAAGAAAUUAAUACUUUUGAAUCAGAUAAACUUCAAUCAUAUAAAAAGAAUAAAAAUUGGCUAAGAUAA